AUGGAGGGCCUGGUAGAUCCGGAAACCAUUUACAUGAAGCAGAACUGCAUUGUCAUGUCAAAGUCCCUAACUCGUGAUGCAGGUGGUGGCAGCUUCGGACGGGUAUACAAAGGUGUUGAUAAGCGCACCGGUACAUCCGUUGCGAUUAAGAUCAUUGACGUCGAAAAUGCCGAGGACGAAGUCGAAGAUAUUAUCCAGGAAAUCGCCAUCCUAUCCGAACUCAAUUCCCCAUACGUGACUAGAUAUCAUGGGUCGUACUUGAAGGGGUCGAGUUUAUGGAUUGUCAUGGAAUUCUGCUCCGGAGGUAGUUGCUCUGAUUUGAUGCGUCCAGGGCCCAUCCCAGAGGAAUACAUUGUGAUCAUUGUCAGGGAACUGCUCCGUGGGUUAGACUACCUGCAUAGCGAUAAAAAGUUGCAUCGUGACGUUAAGGCUGCGAAUAUUCUCCUUACGUCGGGUGGCCAGGUAAAGCUCGCAGAUUUUGGCGUCUCAAGUCAGCUAUCUGCCACCAUGACGAAGAAGAAUACCUUUGUUGGAACUCCUUUUUGGAUGGCCCCUGAGGUUAUCAAACAGUCAGGAUACGAUUAUAAGGCAGACAUUUGGUCUCUUGGUAUCACUGCAAUUGAGUUGGCGCACGGAGAGCCUCCAUACUCAGAUAUUCAUCCCAUGAAAGUUUUGUUCUUGAUUCCCAAAAACCCUCCCCCUACCCUACAAGGUGAUUACAGCAAAGCCUUUAAGAACUUUGUUGAACUUUGUUUGCGACGCGACCCUAGAGAACGGCCAUCCGCCAGAGAGCUGCUUGAGCACCCAUUCAUCAAGAGAGCGAAGAAAACGAACUACUUGACAGAAUUGAUCGAACGUUACGAACGCUGGCAGGCAGUCCAUGGUAAUAGAAAGGACGAUGAAGAUGAUGAACUUGUUCAAGAGACAAUAUCCAAUCCAGCAGGUACUGAGGAUGACGAUGAUCUUUGGGAUUUUGGUACUGUUCGCCCUGUCGGGCGACCACCAGGUUUGAAUCCAAUAAAGGUGACCGAUAUGAACAUCAGGAGUCAAGAAAAGAAAGAGCGGAUCAUCAAAGACGAACCUCGCAAGGAAAUGCCAAACCCCAACAAUCGUACACCGUCGUCGUUUGUUCAAACCAGACCCCCCAAUGUUGCUACUCCGAAAGCAUCAUCGCCGACUAAGAUCCCUUUACCUCCCUCUCCGGUGAAGUCAGCACACACCGAAGACCCUCCUCGGACGCCGUCCCAUCUUUCCAGAUCAGUGCCUCAUCAACCAAAGGAGAGUCCUAGUAGCGAGUAUGACAAAGCUCUGCAACAGUCUUUAGCUCAAGACCUGAGUUUCCUGCAGCUCGAUCGCUCUCCGGGAACAUCUAUAACAAAUCUAAUAGACCGGAAUAGCCCCGUCACAACACCAUUGACCCACCAGCCACAUGUUUCAGUGGAUGUACCAUCUCCCCAAGGGCGUAAUCCGGCAUCCUCGCCUCGAAAUAUAGCAGAGCAAAAUUUCAGAUCUGGAAUCGAUUCGCUCCCUCCACCUCCGCUAUUUUCUCAGCCGCAACCCCAGCCUCCGCGCCAUUCCCAUUCCCCUCCUCGUCCUCCUCCCACACCAAAGCAUGUGUCACCGCAGCCACCAUCGCAAGCACAUAAGCCCUUACAGUCACCUCUACCCAGUUCACAAAACCCUUCUACGAGUACAUAUUAUCCUCGGCCCCAGAAGACCCUUGAUUCAAAUGUACAUGAGGCAAAAAGGCCCCAAACAUCAGAAAAUAUUACGGCCCUUAACAGCGUUAUCAUUCCCGCUCUUAGCGGAGCGAUUCGCCGCCGCGCCCGUCGAGCAGAACUCCUCUCGCGCCCAGAUGACAUCCACCACCGUAAGGAGUCUGCGGAACUCCAGGCGCGGAGAGAGCAUGCCCAAGAAAUGAUAGAAUCGCUCGCCAAUGAUUUGUCUGGCAUUCUCGCUAGAAUCGAGCGCUGGGAUAAUGACGCACCUGUGGGGAUGGGGGCCAAUAUUCCCUCGUUUUUAGAAGGAUUUCUUGAAGAAAUUCUCGUUAGAAUCGAGCCUACUGAGGAAAGAGCGGGUACCAAACGACACUAGGAUGUGGUGGUUAUUUUGUUUAUGCUAUCAUGUCUUUUUUUAUUCUCCCUUUCAUCUGUUCUUAGAAGAGACAUCGAUGGUUUCAUCCGAUGUUCGUGUUAUCCAUGUGUCAUGUUUUUGUGGGACUCCCCCUUUAGGAAUUAGUGAUGGCCCUCUGCUGCAGCUGAAACUGGAAGAUCUUGAUGCACAAAGUGUUCCUCGUGUUUACUGGUUUUAUUCGCUGUGCUCUUUUUUUUUUUUUUUUU